AUGACUCCAUUGAGCGUGAUUAUAUUUUUUCUCUUCGCUGUCGUCUGGCCUCACGCUAGCUCGUUGCAGCAAAGCGCUCGGAAUCGGAGAGCAUUUAUCGGGAGCGCUGCUGCCUUAAUCGGGGGGACGAACUUUGUCACUUUUGAAAGCGCUGAUGCCUUAAUAUCCAGUAAAUACUGUGCUUCUGGGGUCGGUGAUGGCUGUGAUGACUUAUCAGAAGGAAACGAAUUAAUCAAGUCCCUCCAGGAGAAGAGUGCCGCCAAACGAGACCAGUAUGCCCAGGCAAGUCGAAGAAUACCUCCUUGA